GGAGAUGUCUGGCCGAGGCAAGCAGGGCGGCAAGGCGCGCGCCAAGGCCAAGUCCCGCUCGUCCCGGGCGGGGCUGCAGUUCCCGGUGGGCCGCGUGCACCGCCUGCUCCGCAAGGGCAACUAUUCGGAGCGGGUCGGGGCGGGCGCGCCGGUGUACCUGGCGGCCGUGCUGGAGUACCUGACGGCCGAGAUCCUGGAGCUGGCGGGCAACGCGGCCCGCGACAACAAGAAGACGCGCAUCAUCCCGCGCCACCUGCAGCUGGCCAUCCGCAACGACGAGGAGCUCAACAAGCUGCUGGGCCGCGUGACCAUCGCGCAGGGCGGCGUCCUGCCCAACAUCCAGGCCGUGCUGCUGCCCAAGAAGACCGAGAGCCACCACAAGGCCAAGAGCAAGUGAGGCCGCUGAGGCGGGCCGGCCACGGCUGUGCGCCCCAGGGGCCCCGUGACACCAAAGGCUCUUUUAAGAGCCACCCACAGCCUCCGCAAAAGAGCCGCACUGAGCACGCAGCCUGAGCCUGUCCAGGCGCCGCCGCCUCCUGCGAGGCGCACGGGGAAGCUGGGCAAGACCUGGGUGCGCUCGCGCACCUAGUGGGCGCCUGUGCGGGUGUGCGCGGGACACGUGGGCGGCCUUGGCCUUCCACCCAGCCUCCUCCCUCCUCCGCGCCCCCGGUAGUUUCGGGAAGGGUCAGCUAUGGCUGGAGAUCACUGCCUCUGGAUGGAUGCCUAGAGUGAUCCUCUGGCCCCUGUAGACUCCAAUACAGGCUGUCCGCUUCCGAAGCAGGCUCACCUGGUGUUGCAGAUGGGCAGUUUAUGCAGAGCACCUGCUUUUGGGGGGCCCCUACAUAAACCUUAACGAUUUACACUUUCAAACAUAAAGAUGCUUGACUGAGCAGUGGACAUUGCAAACUAGAAACAUGAGGUCCACCCGAGUUAAUCUGGGCGUGAAUGUCUUGCAAAGGGUUUGUGUUCGAAAACCAUUUGCAGCAUUUUAAAAAUCCUAUUUUUAAAAAGUGUAGA